UUUCCACCGGGGCUCCUGCGGCCAAGCGGUGAAUGGCGCUGGUUCCCUGAGGCCGGGGCAGAGAGGAGAGCGGCGCGGGCCCCGGCCCGAGCCCCGGGGCGGCCGGCAUGGCCUGCUGUCACAAUGUAAUGUUGCUGCUGGACACCGCGGGCGGUGCCGCCGGCCGGAGCCCGGUCCGGCGGGCCGCCCUGCGCCUCCUCACUUACCUGAGUUGCCGAUUCGGCCUGGCCAGGGUCCGCUGGGCCUUCAAGUUCUUUGACUCCCAGGGGGCGCGGAGCCGGCCGUCCCGCGUGUCUGACUUCCGCGAGCUGGGGGUCCGCUCCUGGGAGGACUUCGAGGAGGAGCUGGACGCGGUGCUCGGCGACGGCGCCCACGGCGCCCACCUGCCGGGCCCGGCGCCCAGGGCCAGCCACACGCACGGCGCCCUGAUGGAGACGCUGCUAGACUACCAGUGGGACCGGCCCGAGAUCACGUCGCCCACCAAGCCGAUCCUGCGCAGCCGCGGGAGGAGACUGCUGGACGUGGAGAGCGAGGCCAAGGAGGCCGAGACCGCGCUCGGGGGCUUCGCGAACGCGGUCUUCCUGCUGGCGCCCUGCCCGCAUUCGCAGCGGGAGCUGCUGCAGUUCGUGUGCGGGUGCGAGGCCGAGGCCCAGCGCCUGCCGCCGGCCCCGAAGCAGGUGAUGGAGAAGUUGCUGCCCAAGCGAGUCCAGGAAGUCAUGAUCGCCCGGAAAAUCACCUUGUACUGGGUGGACACCACCGAGUGGCCCAAGUUGUGGGAGUCCCCGGAUCACCUCGGGUACUGGACCGUGUGGCAGCUGCUGCACCUUGCAGGAGGCGCUGUCUUACCAUCCGAAACUCUCAGCCAGGAUUGUGCGAAAGCUGGGGAGAUACUGCGUGGUGGUGAGAAAAACUUGUCGAGUGACUCUCCCCUCACCUCGUGGAUUUCAACUCUGCCAUCGGAGGCCACUUUAAACUGUUUGCUCUAUAAUUCUCCCACGUACGAAGCCUCGUUUCCACGGACGGAAGGAACGCUAUUUCUCCCUGUUGAAGGCAAAGAGAUUCAAGAACCAUGGACAGUCACCCUAGAGCCCUUGGCCAUGCAUCAAAGACAUUUUCAGAAACCAGUCAGAAUUUUCCUGCAAGGCACAGCGGCCCAGUGGUCUCUCCCGGCGAGCAGCAUUUUGGGCACCGACAGCUGGAUGCUGCGAAGUCCGGAGGAGAACUCGGCAGCCCCGAGCCCGUUCUUUGCGCAGCUGGUGCGCCGGCUGGCUGCUGGGGAGCUGCACCUGGUUGCCAGCGUGGACCCUGGUGAAGGCUGGCCCCCCGUCACCGGGGUUAUUUCCCCCCUCUCUACCAACGCCACAAUUCUCACUGUGUUCCGCACCGGGGAGGCCGAAUUCCGGGGAGACUUUCUGCAGACGGCUGUGGCAGAGAACCCCCAAGAGCCAGCUUCCCAUUUUUCUGACGUUGUGGAUGUUGUAUUGAGUCAGAUUCAGCAGUCACGGGAGGACCCCGCCGCCCGCGCUCCGCCCGUUCCAGCGUGGGCCCAGCGGGAGCUCGGCCGCACGGGGCCCUGGAGCGCGGCCCUGGCGGAGCAGUGGUUCUCCUGCUCCCACCUGACCGGCGCCAGCCCAAGCCUGAUGGAGUCGUUCUGGUUACUGCAGGCCGCCUCGUCUCAUAAGGAAGAGUCUUCCAAAACGGAAAGUGAAUUAACGAGUUGCCUCUCAGAGCUCUACCAGAGGAAGUUUCGGGAAGAAUGCACCGCGGCCAGUCAGGAAGACAGCAGAAAGAAACGAGGGGUCCCUCGCACCCCAGUGAGGCAGAAGAUGAACACCAUGUGCCGUUCCCUAAAGAUGCUGAACGUCGCGAGGCUGAACGUGAAGGCUCAGAGGUUGUGUCCAGAUGGCAGUCCGAAUGCCGCCGGGGAGAAGGGGACCCCAAGGACGGCCGGGGGCAGGGGAGCCGAUAAGCUGGAAAACCGGGGGAGGACGCUCCGAAGCUCUAAACCGAAAGACUUUAAAACUGAAGAGGAGCUCCUAUCUUACAUACAUGAAAAUUACCAAAAGACCGUGGCGACAGGAGAAAUCGUGUUGCAUUCAUGCGCUCGGAACAUGAUCUCCACCAUUAAGGCAUUCCUAAAGUCCAAAGGCACCAAGGAGUUAGAAAUGAAUUGCCUGAAUCGGGUAAAAAAUUGCCUCUUAAAAACUAGCAAAAGUCUUCGACAGAAUCUGGGCAAAAAACUGGACAAAGAUAAAGUCAGAGAGUGCCGGCUUCAGGUACUUCUUCGCUUGGAGAUGUGUCUGCAGUGCCCUUCCGCAUGUGAAAGUGGAGACGACGUGGAGCAGGUGGUGAAGGAGGUGACGGACUUGCUGCGCAUGGUGUGUUUAACUGAGGACUCGGCGUACCUCGCGAAGUUUCUGGAAGAAAUUUUGGGAUUGUACAUCGACUCCAUCCCGAAGAUGCUCGGCAUGCUUUACGACAGCCUGGGCUUUAUGAUUCCUCAGAAGCUAGCCGGGGUCCUUCCUCUGGACUUUUUCAGUGAUGACUCCGUGACGCACGAGAGCAGAUCCCCGCUUCUCUCUGUGCCUCUUGCGUCAGGCGCUCCGCGACCAGUGUCAGGCGGCACUGAGUCCGACCGGCUGGAGGAGCUGCGUACCAGAUCAGCCAAGAAGCGGAGGAAAAAUGCAUUAAUAAGACAUAAAAGCAUCGCAGAGGUUUCGCAGAAUCUUCGACAAAUUGAAAUUCCCAAAGUGUCCAAGAGAGCUACAAAACAAGAAAGCGCUGGCCUUACUCUUCCGCAGCCUCCGCCCCCGGGGAAGGAUCCAGUACAAGAAGUGACCAAAGUUCGAAGAAAUCUCUUCAACCAGGAAAUGAUUUCUCCUUCAAAGAGAUCAGCAAAGCGUGGUUUGCCCAGAAGCCAUUCGGUGUCGGCCGUGGAAGGUCUGGAGUGUCAACUUGGCAACUCGAAGAAGACCAAAGGUCACCACAGACUGCUGACGGAGAGUGUGGCCGAGACGCCUGUUAUAAAACCACUUUCCAAAAAAGCGCUCUAACCAUCCGUGCGUGAUACUGACUAACCCCUCUUCUCGUUAAGGUCCUCCGAUCCUGGUCCUGAUAUUGACAUUGUCGAAGAGUCCCCAGAGAAAGGAACGGACGAAAUCGGCUUGAGACGGAGUCCUCGAAUCAAGCAGCUGUCCCUCAGCCGGACACAUUCUGGCUCCUUCUAUUCUGUGUCUCAGCCCCAGUCUCGAAGCGUGCAGCGCGUUCACUCAUUCCAGCUCAACAAGUCAGAUCAAAGAGGGAAUUCUCCAAACCGAAGGAUUUGUUCUCCCAAGAGCCUGCUUUUUGGGGCAUUGUGUGAGAUGGCCAGCCCCUCAGAGAAGGGUUCCGCUCGACCUCCAAGGCCUUCAAGAAGCACAGUGGGUCCCGAGAUACCUACAGCUUAUCAGACGCCUAAGAAGAGUUCCCAGAAGUCUCCAAGCUCUUCUAAAGCGACACCAAGGAGGUUCCCUCGUACCCCACGAACUCCACUGCGCACCCCCAAAAGGCGGCAGAGACCCCACACCGAAGCGACCCCUGCCAAACAGGCCGUUCCUGAGGAGUCCUUCAAAGACGCCUCCCCGGCCUGGGCUUCACCAUCUCAACCCGCAGUCACGCCUCAGCGAGGCCGCUCCCUGGCGAGCCGAGGAACCUCUCCUCUUGAAAAGAAGGUCCCAAGAACCCCCAGAAGGCCAGGGGCUCAGCCAGCUGCAUUUCCGCAGAAGUCUACUUGGCCACUCUCGACGAACUCCAGUCCAGAAAGCGCUCCCUGCCCAGCAGCCCCGAGCGGGAGCACGGGUCUGAGGCCAGCCGACUCUUCCCCACAAGCGGCAGGCGCAGGGGGGUGCAGAGAGACGCCUCCGGAGCGGGCUCACCAUGGGCUCCGGGGCUCCGGGGCCUCCCAGGCCAGGGUGCUAGCCCAGAAAGGGGAGGAGAAAGCUGCCUCGGCCCCCAGGACCCCAGGGAGCACAAGUCAGGUUUCUCCAGCUGCUCCUCCGGAGAAGCCGUUCACCCUUCCCUCAAGCGACGUCUCCAAAACGAGUCCAGGUCAGAAAUUCUCGAUGGACCCUCCUUCCCCUGGAGAAGCGGACUGGAGUGAGCCCUGGAACACCGGCCGUGGAGCCCCGCCUCUCUCGGGUCCUGCUCUCGCCACGCCCCCCGGGAUCCCGCCGAAUGCCCAGCCUGCCCCCGCGCCCCCUCCUAAAGCCGGGGAAAGGCCCAGAGAGCCCUCGGACCGUGAAAGCAGCUUCCAGGAGGGCCAGCCUAGUGCCUCUGCUGCUCCCAGAGCCGCCCCAGUGGCCACCACCGCCACCAGGGAGGACCAGAAGGAAGCGCACCUCUCUCCUCCAUCUUCCCCUGAAAGACACAGGCUUUGGAGGGACUGGUAUCUGUCCUCUUCCCUGCUGCUGGCGAGUGACACAGAGUACCUCACUCCUCUGGACGAAGCAGAGCUCGACGGCGGUGAUGGCCUGAAAAGUGACGCGGCACCAAUGCGGGAAGAGCAGUCAAGGACGGUGGUUGCCGAGAAGUCUUCUCCGGCGAGCCCUGGGGUUCGUCCAUCCUGUCCUUCCUGCGGGCCCGGCUCUCCCCUGACCCCGUCCUAUGCCCUGCGCUGCACUGCGGACAGGAGGCAGCGGCAGGCUGCCGCGCAGCUGGAGAACCUGCAGGUGUCGGCUUGGCUUCCAGAAGGCCCUGCCAGCCCGCAGGCCUACGAGGUCGAGCUGGAGAUGCGAGCUUCCGGCCUGCCCAAGCUCCGCCUUAAGAAGAUCGACCCCGGUGCUCUGGGCGAAGCGGAGCCCCUCCGACCAGCGGGGGGCUCCCUGGGGGACGAGAGCUCCCUCCCUGGUCUGCCCCAGCCCGGCAGGUCCUCAGGGAGACCCGAGGCCACCUACACGUCCCCACCCUGCCUUCGCCCCUCGCACAGCACCCCUGCUAAGAGCGGGGGACAGACGUACAUCUGCCAGUCCUGCACCCCCACCUGCUGCCCCUCUAGUGCCCCCUCUCCGAUUCAGACUGACGGCGGGGUUCCCUGGACGCCAUCUCCCAAGCACAGCGGGAAGACCCCUCCCGACAGCAUCAGAGACUGGCCCCGGAGGAAGCGGGCGGUGGGUGGCACCUGCGCCGGCAGGAGCGAGGGUGGCGCCGACCUGCCCGCAGGGGCGUCCCUGCUCAGCAUCAGCAGGACUCCCCUCCUGGGGGAUUUCGAGCUCGAGGGGGUAUGCCAGCUGCCAGACCAGUCGCCUCCUGGGGACAGUGUGCCAAAGGCCGACGAAGCCUGCUCCUGGGGACAGUUUGGGUUGGGUUCCAGGAAGAGGCUCCUUCCUGCCGAGGAGGAAGCAGAGUGCCAGGCAAAACGAGCGUGUGACGGGCCAAGAGACGCAGAGCUCCGCAUGCGCGAGGAGAGGUCUCCGGGCGCCCCCCACCUGCUCUCCCCGGGGGACGAUGAGGUGUUCGCACCAGGUUCCACGCCCCCUCCGGGCUGUGCUGUGCGCCGUGGCCUCUCCGCCAGCGGGCUGCACGCCCUGACUCAGUCCCCGCUGCUGCUCCAGGGCAGAACGCCUUCGUCUCGGUGCACCGAAGCCAGAGAUGCCAACAUGGAGCUCUUCCCCGCCGCCGAAGACUCGCCCUUCAGCAGAGCCUGCUCCAGGAGACGCCCCGUCGGGAGAACUUACACACGCAAGAAGCUGAUUAGCUAGUGAGGAGGGGCGGGGGCACUUAGACCCUCAAACACUACAGAGCUGGGCACUGAUGACGUGGGCUUGCUGCCCACAGACGGGCAUGGCCGGGGCUCAAGUUCAAAAGAUGAGGAUGACGUUGGCCAGGUCCCCUGGCCUCUUUGGGGUCAGCUGUCAGCUUCCCUCAAGAGUGCCUUAGGGCGUUGAAUCCCCUUCCUGACUGGGCCCCAGCCCAACCCCCCACCCCUGCCCCGCAGUUGUGGGGAGUCAGGCCGCACACCAGGAAGUGGGAGACCAGGCGCUCAUUCCAGCCCCGGCCUCUGAGGGACCAAGGCAAGUCAGUCCACCACCCCGGCCGCGUCAUGGAUCCUGCACGAAGCUGCUGUAUGGCUGGGACCCGAGACCGCGGAAGCCCCGCACACAAAGCUGAAGGCCGUGUCUGACAACGGUGAAGUGCUCGCAUUCCCCCUGUAUUAUUAAUAAAGACCCCUCUGACCACUCA